CGCUGGGCUGCGAUAUAACACCGGCGCGUCCGCUUUCGCUCUCGUUCGUCCUCAGUGCAGGAUAACGCGACGCAGCAUCCCGACCAGAACACACACCGCACAGCGCUGUUCAGCGACGCCGCGACAGAGAACAGCUGACCCGAACAGAAUCUUACUGAGACUCUCUGGACACUCCGUGAUGGACGCCAUCAUCCGCUGCCCGUUCCUGUCCCGAGUCCCCCAGACCUUCCUGCAGCAGGCGAGACAGUCUCUGGUGGCGUACGCUGUCAAGUGUCCCGUGAUGAUGGACCUGGCGUCCAGGCCGCUGGUGCGCUCGCUCUGCUCCUCGUCCUCCGGCCGGACCCCCGCCGGUGAGGACGCCCGAGAGCCGCCCGCCUCCAGGUGCCCGUUCCUGGCGGCUGAGAUGGGGCAGCGGAGCAGCGGCGUGGUGCGGCAGGCCAGCAUGGCUCUUCAGGAGGACGUCUCUGAGGUCCGCAGCGCGCGCAGAGAUCCGAGCAGUGCGGCCCGUUUCCCAGACGUGUCUCCGCCGGAGCCGAAUCCUGUGGUGAGGGACACCCGGGUCGGUCCCGCUCGGGUCUCUCUGCUGCAGGAGAACAUGCCCAAAGCCGUGUCCAGCUUUCGCUAUGACGAGUUCUUCGAGAAGAAGAUCGAGGAGAAGAAGCGGGAUCACACGUACCGCGUGUUUAAAACCGUGAACCGCAGGGCGACGGAGUUCCCGAUGGCGGACGAUUACACCAAGUCCCUGUCCUUCAAGAGAAGCGUUUCUGUGUGGUGCAGCAACGACUAUCUGGGCAUGAGCCGCCACCCGCGGGUGCUCCAGACCAUCACGGACACUUUAGGGAAUCAUGGUUCGGGAGCCGGAGGCACUCGUAAUAUAUCAGGGACGAGUAAGUUUCACGUGGACCUGGAGCACGAGCUGGCCGAUCUCCACCGGAAGGACGCGGCCUUGCUCUUCACCUCGUGCUUCGUGGCCAACGACUCCACGCUCUUCACGCUGGCUAAGAUGCUGCCCGGUUGCGAGAUCUAUUCAGACGCGGGGAAUCACGCCUCGAUGAUUCAGGGCAUCAGGAACAGCGGCGCCAAGAAGUUUAUCUUCCGUCACAAUGACGCCGAGCACUUGCGCGAGCUGCUGGAGAAAUCGGAUCCCUCCGCUCCCAAGAUCGUGGCCUUUGAGACGGUGCACUCGAUGGACGGAGCCGUGUGUCCGCUGGAGGAGAUGUGCGACGUGGCCCACGAGUUCGGCGCCAUCACGUUCGUGGACGAGGUGCAUGCGGUGGGGCUGUACGGCCCCCGAGGAGGCGGCAUCGGGGACCGGGAUGGAGUGAUGCACAAGAUGGACAUCAUCUCUGGCACUCUGGGGAAAGCAUUCGGCUGUGUGGGCGGCUACAUCGCCAGCACUAACGCUCUGGUGGACACGGUGCGCUCGUACGCCGCCGGCUUCAUCUUCACCACGUCUCUGCCGCCCAUGCUGCUGGCCGGCGCCCGCGAGUCCGUCCAGAUCCUGAAGAGCGAGGAGGGCCGCGCGCUCCGCCGCAAACACCAGCGCAACGUCAAGCUGCUGCGGCAGAUGCUGAUGGACACGGGCCUGCCGGUGGUGCACUGCCCCAGCCACAUCAUCCCCGUCAGAGUGGCGGACGCAGAGAAGAACACGCAGGUGUGUGACAUCAUGAUGAGCCGCUACAACAUCUACGUCCAGGCCAUUAACUACCCCACGGUGGCUCGCGGAGAAGAGCUGCUGCGCAUCGCUCCCACGCCUCACCACACGCCGCAGAUGAUGAGCUACUUCGUCGAGAAGCUGACGCAGGCGUGGACGGAGGCGGGGCUGGAGCUGAAGCCGCACUCGUCUGCGGAGUGUAACUUCUGCCGGCAGCCGCUGCACUUCCAGCUGAUGAGCGAGAGAGAGAAGUCCUACUUCAGCGGGCUCAGUCAGCCCAUAUCGGCCUGCGGCUGACACAGUACUCCCAACGCCGGCCCACGCUUUAUAUUUACAACACUUGAUCUGUGUAUGUAUUUUGUUAACAGAUUAUACAGAGUAAAUCUUAAGUAUUUUAUAUUUGAAAGAUGUUUAACUUAUGUAGACCAAUUGUAUUUAACCGAUCGAGCGUUGCACUGGAGUCACAGGUUUUAAUAAACUGAUGAGACACA